CCGAGGGAGGAGGCGGCGAGGAGCGCGCCGGCCGCGGCCACGGGGGGGGGUUUGGAAAAAUGACUCAGUAAGUUCAGCGCGCCCGCUCCGGCCGGCCCUGCGCCUCCCGCCGCGCCCGGGAUGUAUUCGUCCCCGCUCUGCCUGACCCAGGAUGAGUUCCACCCGUUCAUCGAGGCGCUGCUGCCUCACGUGCGCGCCUUCGCCUACACCUGGUUCAACCUGCAGGCGCGGAAGCGCAAGUACUUCAAGAAGCACGAGAAGCGCAUGUCGAAGGACGAGGAGCGCGCCGUGAAGGACGAGCUGCUGGGCGAGAAGGCCGAGGUGAAGCAGAAGUGGGCGUCCCGGCUGCUGGCCAAGCUGCGCAAAGACAUCCGGCCCGAGUGCCGCGAGGACUUCGUGCUGGCCAUCACCGGCAAGAAGGCGCCGGGCUGCGUGCUCUCCAACCCCGACCAAAAGGGCAAGAUGCGCCGCAUCGACUGCCUGCGCCAGGCGGACAAGGUGUGGCGGCUGGACCUGGUCAUGGUCAUCCUCUUCAAGGGCAUCCCGCUGGAGAGCACCGACGGGGAGCGCCUGGUCAAGGCGGCGCAGUGCGGCCACCCGGUGCUCUGCGUGCAGCCGCAUCACAUCGGCGUGGCGGUCAAGGAGCUCGACCUCUACCUGGCCUACUUCGUGCGCGAGCGAGACGCGGAGCAGAGCGGCAGUCCCCGGGCAGGGAUGGGCUCCGACCAGGAGGACAGCAAGCCCAUCACACUGGACACCACAGAUUUCCAGGAGAGCUUCGUCACCUCCGGUGUGUUCAGUGUCACCGAGCUCAUCCAAGUGUCCCGGACCCCCGUGGUGACUGGAACAGGACCCAACUUCUCCCUGGGGGAGCUGCAGGGACACCUGGCAUACGACCUGAAUCCAGCCAGCACAGGCAUGAGAAGAACGCUACCCAGCACUUCCUCCAGCGGGAGCAAGCGGCACAAAUCGGGCUCGAUGGAGGAAGACGUGGACACGAGCCCCGGCGGCGAUUACUACACCUCGCCCAGCUCUCCCACGAGUAGCAGCCGCAACUGGACUGAAGACAUGGAAGGAGGCAUCUCGUCCCCGGUGAAGAAGACCGAGAUGGACAAGUCUCCAUUCCACAGCCCGUCUCCCCAGGACUCACCUCGCCUCUCCAGCUUCACACAGCACCACCGGCCUGUCAUUGCCGUGCACAGCGGGAUCGCCCGGAGCCCUCACCCAUCCUCAGCCCUACACUUCCCCACGACCUCCAUCCUGCCCCAGACAGCCUCCACCUACUUCCCGCACACAGCCAUCCGCUACCCACCUCACCUCAACCCCCAGGACCCGCUCAAAGAUCUCGUGUCGCUGGCCUGUGACCCAGCCAGCCAGCAGCCUGGACCGUUAAAUGGAAGUGGUCAGCUCAAAAUGUCCAGUCACUGCCUUUCUGCUCAGAUGCUGGCACCCCCGCCCCCUGGGCUGCCGCGGCUGGCGCUCCCCCCCGCCACCAAACCCACCUCCGAGGGAGGAAGCACGUCGCCGACCUCGCCCUCCUACUCUACGCCCGGCACGUCCCCUGCAAACCGUUCCUUUGUGGGAUUAGGACCAAGGGAUCCAGCGGGCAUUUAUCAGGCACAGUCCUGGUAUCUGGGAUAAGAAAGAUUUCUUCCCACGCCCUGCUCCUUCGUCGCGGGAAUCCCAGGGGGCCGCACUGUCGGCCCCUGGCCCACGUUUUCAGUGGAAAGUUAGAGCGAGCGAGAACACCCCGCCGACUCCCAGCCUGGCCGAAAAGACAGAACAGACACACAUACACAGGAGGGAAACAAGCAAAAAGGAAAAAAAGGCAAAAAAAAAAAAAAAAAAACAGAAAAAAAACACCAUAAAAAUAAACCCACCCAUCCAAGAAGACAAAAGGUAAAGACAGCAGCCCCUCAGAACUCUCGGGUCGCCGCGGCCCGACCGGAGGGCCAGGCCCUGCCGCCGCUCACACGCAGCCUGCGCAGGGCGCCCUCCGCAGGGACUCAUCUCCGGCUGCUGGGCUCCAAGGGCAGGCGCCCGCUCCCCGCCUCCGCCCAGGACCAGGUGAGCGCGGCCCGGUGCCCCUGCCCAGGCCCCAUGGGGCGGGACACCCGGCAAGGCCACCUCUCCCCGUGUCCCCACUGCCGGGAUGUCAGCCAGGCCUCCGCCACCGUGUCUGCCGAGUGGGGAGGCGGGCGCUGUGGGGACGCUGGGGGGGGGGGGGGGGGGCUGGCAAGGACCCCAGCCGCGGGCAGUGGAGGCCCAGGUGGGCAGGGAAGCGACAAGGGCAGAAGAGGGUUGUGGGGAGACCCUGGGUGUCGCCAGGGGACUGGGAUGCGUGGCAGAAACUUUGUCAGGAGCGUCCUGCUGCUGUGGGACCUCCGCCUGCCCCACAGUGUGCGUGCGCGCUCGGCCGGGCUUGCUCGGGACUUGGUCUUGCAGCCCCAUGCCUGCCCUGUUUGGGAGGAGAAGUCUCUAUGCAAUUGACCCCCAGCUCCACCCCGCGGCAUAGGAGGCCACCCCACCCCGCAUCCCGCUGGCCCUGCUCCACACCCCCCAGGGGAGGGACCCACGUUGCACACACUGUAAGAAAUGCACUUUCCGAGGAAGGGGCUGGGGGAGUGGAGGGACUCAGAGCUCCCCAGGAGGGGACACCCUGUCCAGAGCCUCCAUCCACCCGAGCCCUGGGAGGGGAGGACCCCCCUGCUUAGCCCACGGAGGUGGGAGGUGAGAGCGAGUGGUUUAAGUGCCUGAUUCCCACCACCCGCCCCCCUUUGUCCAGCUGGAAUGGGAAGUGGCCGCGGGCCCCUUCCAUUCCCUCCCCCAACCCGGCCACCUCCAGUCGCUGACCCUCAUUGCUGUGCUCCCCUCAGAGCUGGAGAGAUGGGACCCCCCCUACAGUUGGCCCAGGGGGCAGAGCUGGGCAUCCCUCAAGCCCUGCUGCGCUCGGGCACGGGGGUGGGGUCUGGGGAAGCCAGCAGGCCCUCCCUCGCCUCCUCUGCCAGUGCCUUACAUCCUGGAGCGACACCCCCUCCCUGGUGCCUCCCAGCCCAAAGGGGGACCACGGUUUGCACUUUCAUCUUCCCCCGCCAAAGUGGGGCACAGCCGGGCAGGUGCAUCACAGCUGGGCCCCCACAAGGAAAGAAGGCCGGGCAACUGCAGUCCGUAUAAGCCUGGAUGGGGUUGGGGGGUUCUGGCUGGGGGAGGGUGGGGUCAGCGCCUGGGGGGGGGUCCCCUGUGGCCAUGUGGGGGACCUCCCAUCUGCUAAACGUUUUCCGUUGAGCCGCUCCAAAAACACUAAGCUGGGGACACCGGGUGCCCCCCAACCCCGGCUCCCUGGCCCCAUCCCCACCCCCACCCCAGGAUGGCUGUCUUGGGUGGGGGGCCUGGGAGGGGGGAUCCCCUCCCAUCCCAUCCAUCUGAGUCCCAGCCGGCCUCCUCCAUGCCUGGCCCUGGGGAAGACCUUCCCCACCAAGACUCCCCACCCACUGGCCUGGGCCAAAGCCAUCGCCCUGGGCUGGGCCUCCGCCUCAUCUGCUCCCAGCCUGGCCCUCCUGGCCCUCUCCCGGUACCCCAGGCCUGGCCAGCCUCCUCCCACCUCCCCAGAAACUGGACUUUCCUCCCAAACCAGCCCAAGGGGCUUGGCAAACUCAACCAUAAGAGAAAGACCCUUCCCCACCAACCCCCCCUCCCAUUGUCCAGAGGCAUUCAAGAACCCUUGGUCCGUCCGUCUGUCCCCAGGGCCCCCUCCACUGGGUGGCUGUUGGGGACCAAAGCAUGGGCCGCUCUCCGGGAGGGCAGGAGGGGGUGGGUCGUGCAGUUGGGGUAUCCGGAAGCUUCUCAGCCGGGAACCUUAGGGUGCGGGUAGGCGGGGUAGGGGAGGGGCACCUGGUGGCCCCCAGCUACCUAACUUUGCAUGGUGCUUAGUCGGGGAUUCCUGUGACCUGGCUCCUGAUGUCAGCUCGCGCGGCUGAUACUGCAUGGCAAAUUAUCCCUGGCUCUAUCUCCCUCCCCCCGCCCCCCCCCCCCCCCCUCAAACCACCCCCCCCCCUUUUAAAAAAAAAAAAAAAAAAGAUACAAAAAAAAAACCUUAAAAAAACUCCAUGUUUCCUAAUUUGCACGAAAUUUUCUACCACAUGAUGUGCCUUGCCUUCCGAAAAUAAGUAUUACCUUUAAACAAUAUCAGCGCACACAGAUAGCUCGCAUGCACUGCUCGUGUAGUUAAAAAAAAAACAAAAAGACAAAACAA